GGGGUGCUGCUGCACGGUGACGGGAGGAGGGGGAGGGGAGAAGGGGGAGAUGAGGGAGGUGAGAAAGAUGAGAGGAGCCAAAGGGAUGGGGAGAACACACACAACAUAGACAAAGCUAUAAAGUCACAUACACACACACACACAAUCAGGGUCGGCUGCAUCGCAGGCAUGACAACUGAGAGCGGGGCAGCAGAGCGCCUGAGGUGAGUAGGGCGAAAGGGUGCGUCUUGGGGAUGCAAGCGUUAAGGACCAGUUAACAGGUGAACAGUUUAUUAUAUGAUGCUUCCAUGCAUCGCCUUGGGUUGAUAAUCUGGAUAUUUUUUUUAUAAGGUGCAUUUAAGAUCAUUAUUUAAGUGGGCUUGUCUGGUGUGUUUGAUGCUUGGUCUGUCUGAGAUAUAGGCCUAUACAGUGUUUCUGAAGCUUUGUUUGCAACAUUGUAUCAUGAGUCAGAGGAAUUUUACAAUGCUUUCCUUGGAAUGUUUAAAAAAAAAAAAACGUUAGAAUAGGCAACAUUCCAAUGAAAAUGUUAUCUGCUUUUGGUGAAAAUAUAAUUUUGUUAAACAUUUGAAGGACAAUAUAUGGUUACUCAGUUUUAGUCAAUUAUGCACAAUUCUGAUCUCUUGGUACAAUGUGAAUUUCUUGAGAAGAAGCCUAUGUGUCCCUCAAUCAAAAUAGUGUCUUGCAAUAAAUAGAAACAUUAAUUAUAUUCAUUUGAUUGAAGGAUUUAAGGUUAGGGUUAAUUAAAUUAUCCAUAAAAAUGCAAUAUAUGAGUACAUAUUGAAUAUGGACAAAUAUGCCACGUGUCACAAUCUUUCUGACAUGUAGCCUAAUACUGUAGGCCUAUCACUUCGAGUUAUGCUUUACCUGCUGUCAUCCUGCUGCCAUAGCAAUGGCAACCGUAAUUAGCCUACCCUAUAAAAAUCACCUAUAUUUCAUUAGGCCUAUUGUGGUGGUUUUAGGUUGUUGCGUUGCUAUGCUAGUCCCGUGUAGCUCAGUUCGUAGACCAUGGUGCUUGCAACGCUAGGGUUGUGGGUUUGAUUCCCAUGGGGGACCAAUAUGAAAAUGCAUGCACUCACUAUUGUAAGUCGCUCUGGAUAAGAGAGUCUGCUAAAUGACUUAAGUGUAUAGAAACAUUUGGUUAAUUGUUGUUUCAUUAGGCCUAUUGUUUUUUGGUUGUUUCUUUAGUUCUUCUGCUCAGCAUUGUUCAGUACUGAAAGAGUUAUAGCCUGUUACUCUGUUACCCUUGUGAGUAGCCCAAGAUGUACUCUUAAGGAACCUAACAUUACCGUUACUCCUUAAGGACCUGAUAUGUUAUUUUCAGAGGUAGACUGGCUCUGGCAGCCAAAACUGCCAAAUACUCCAUCUAAACGUAAUCGGUUCUCAAUUGCGAUACGGUUCUACAAACAUAAAGUAUUUUACUUUAAUAUCACAUCACAAUAAUUUCACAAAUGCAAAAUACACACUUAAUGUACACUGUUUUAACCGGCUUUAUCACAGUUGCAGCUAACAGUAUUUUUCAGCGACAACACAUUUCUGGUGGCCUUCUUUCAUUACACACAGGUGUUGGGAGCAUGCUAGAUAGCUAAUAGCACAGGUGGUCCCUCUGUCUUCCCUCUGUCUUCCGUAAACAUACGCUGUAACAUGGAGAUAUGGCCAUGUGGUAACACUAACCCUGACCCCAUAAUGGUGUGUAUCAAUUUAACGUUUCGUUUUUUGAAGGCCUUUGGAUCAGUCGGGGUCUAAACUUACGAGGUAGAAUCGUAAAAUACAAAAGGUGCAAUUUUGACAUUUGGAUGUGCAUCAAGAGUUUUUCUCUUGUUAUGUCAAGUCACUUAUAGUCACUCAAUUAGCCGAUGCCAGCAAAAAUGUUUUAGGUUGGUAAGUUAGUCUAGCAGCAAGCUAUCUAAAUUUGUAGUAAUAAAGGUUGAAUUAGAGCCCAGGGGCCCCCAUUGAUUUUGUUAGUCAGUCUCAUUCAGAUAUCAUACAAAAAACUGCAAACAUUUCUCUCCACUCUAUGGAAAAAUUUGUAGAAUUGCAGGAAAUUUGCUGUAAAACGAAAACAUUUGCAUGAAUUUAGUAAGGUAUUAAAAUAUAUAUAUAUAUAUAUAUAUAUAUAUAUAUAUAUAUAUAUAUAUAUAUGAAACAUUGAAUUUGGCCUCUAAUGCUAUUGCCCAUAGAAAUGCAUUGAAUAACACAUUUGUACAUGGCAAAACAAACAGUCAAAAAAUUAAUCAUAAGGAACAAGGUUUUGAAGUGUCUGUCCUAUAUCUGAGAGAUAUAAGAAAACAAGAGACAAAUAUAUAGAUUUCUAGACCCAUGUUUGGUCACCUUAUUCAUGACCCAUUUGACCCCUAUGUACUUUUAGCACAUUUUACAGCCUGGUACUGGGUUACUUUCAGAUGACUCCCCUGAAGCGUGUGUGCAUUGCAGAGCAAAACAACUUACACACCAUUUCGUUAUAAUUGUCUUGUCUGGAUGCUCUCAUGUGUAGAAAAAGGCCGCUUUCACAAGCCCCAUGAUAUGGAAUAGGAGCAAACUUUAUAUCAGCGGAAAUAGGGGAUUGAGCUGCAGCCACUACAAGAAACGGUAAGUCUCUAGCAUAAACACACAGGGAGCCAUUCAAUAUUCAAAAGGGGGUUGUUCAGACCUAGCGUCUGGGCUCUUAACAGAACUCCCCUGUAUAGAAGAUGCCUUUGUGUGUAACGUAAUGAAACUGAGAGUCAUGAUCAAGGGCUACCUCACGAGCUGACUGGGUUGGAAAUGUGUGGUUAGAUCUUUUUAACCUCUACGGGAUCGGUGUCCCUUAUACGGGACGGUUGAGCUAACGUGGUCCUCUGUAGCUCAAUUGGUAGAGCAUGGCGCUUGUAACGCCAGGGUAGUGGGUUCGAACCCCGGGACCACCCAUACGUAAAAAUGUAUGCACACAUGACUGUAAGUCGCUUUGGAUAAAAGUGUCUGCUAAAUGGCAUAUUGUUAUUAUUAAUGUGAUUAGCAUGACUGUUGUAAGUAACAGCAAACUUUCCAGGACAUGGUCAAGUUUUAUAUGGGCAGAAAGCUUACAUUCUUGUUAAUCUAACUGCACUGUCCAAUUUACAGUAGCUAUUACAGUGAAAAAAACACCAUGCUAUUGUAUGAGGAGAGUGCACAACAACAGAAAACGUAUCACGGCAACUGGUCUAAUACAUUCACCUCUGAAGGUAAAUAAUGUACUUACAUUCAGUAAUCUUGCUCUGAUUUGUCAUCCUGAGGGUCCCAGAGAUUAAAAUAUAGCAUAGUUUUGUUUAAUAAAAUCAAUUUUUAUAUUCAAAUGUAAGAACUGAGUUCUACAGUUUGAACCCUUGCUGUCUCUGGCUCCACACCCACCCCGCCCGGUCUAGAUGUGUGAAAGUUAGUGUAUAAGCUAAUGAUCCAUCAUGUAUGACAUUCCUAGGAGUGUGUAAACUUACAUUUUGUAUUGCCAUAUCAUUUUAGUAUGUUCUCUAUAGUUAUGUACUUCAAUUGACCAAUUCGACACAUUUGGGCAGACUUCAUACAAAAUAGUCUAGUAUUGCUAUGGUUCACUGGAUCCUGAAACUUUGCACACACACACUGCUGCCAUUUAGUGGCCAAAAUCUAAAUUGCGCCUAAACUGCAAUAUUAUAUUGUUUAUAUUCUCCUAGAUUCAUUUCACAUUUCCACAAACUUCAAAGUGUUUCCUUUCAAAUGGUAUCAAGAAUAUGCAUGUCCUUGCUUCAGGUCCGGAGCUACAGGCAGUUAGAUUUGGGUAUGUCAUUUUAGGCGAAAAUUUGGAAAAAAAGGGUUAAAUAUCCUUAAAGCAGUGGUGUAUAGUACAGUGAGGGAAAAAAGUAUUUCAUUUUGAUUUUGUACAUUUGCCCACUGACAAAGAAAUGAUCAGUCUAUAAUUUUAAUGGUAGGUUUAUUUGAACAGUGAGAGACAGAAUAACAACAAAUAAAUCCAGAAAAACGCAUGUCAUAAAUGUUAUAAAUUGAUUUGCAUUUUAAUGAGGGAAAUAAGUAUUUGACCCCCUCUCAAUCAGAAAGAUUUCUGGCUCCAAGGUGUCUUUUAUACAGGUAACGAGCUGAGAUUAGGAGCACACUCUUAAAGGGAGUGCUCCUAAUCUCAGCUUGUUACCUGUAUAAAAGACACCUGUCCACAGAAGCAAUCAAUCAAUCAGAUUCCAAACUCUCCACCAUGGCCAAGACCAAAGAGCUCUCCAAGGAUGUCAGGGACAAGAUUGUAGACCUACACAAGGCUGGAAUGGGCUACAAGACCAUCGCCAAGCAGCUUGGUGAGAAGGUGACAUCAGUUGGUGCGAUUAUUCACAAAUGGAAGAAACACAAAAUAACUGUCAAUCUCCCUCGAUCUGGGGCUCCAUGCAAGAUCUCACCUCGUGGAGUUGCAAUGAUCAUGAGAACGGUGAGGAAUCAGCCCAGAACUACACAGGAGGAUAUUGUCAAUGAUCUCAAGGCAGCUGGGACCAUAGUCACCAAGAAAACAAUUGGUAACACACUACGCCGUGAAGGACUGAAAUCCUGCAGCGCCCGCAAGGUCCCCCUGCUCAAGAAAGCACAUAUACAGGGCCGUCUGAAGUUUGCCAAUGAACAUCUGAAUGAUUCAGAGGAGAACUGGGUGAAAGUGUUGUGGUCAGAUGAGACCAAAAUUGAGCUCUUUGGCAUCAACUGAACUCGCCGUGUUUGGAGGAGGAGGAAUAAUGCCUAUGACCCCAAGAACACCAUCCCCACCGUCAAACAUGGAGGUGGAAACAUUAUGCUUUGGGGGUGUUUUCUGCUAAGGGGACAGGACAACUUCACCGCAUCAAAGGGACAAUGGACGGGGCCAUGUACCGUCAAAACUUGGGUGAGAACCUCCUUCCCUCAGACAGGGCAUUGAAAAUGGGUCGUGGAGGAGUAUUCCAGCAUGACAAUGACCCAAAACACACGGCCAAGGCAACAAAGGAGUGGCUCAAGAAGAAGCUCAUUAAGGUCCCGGAGUGGCCUAGCCAGUCUCCAGACCCUAAUCCCAUAGAAAAUCUGUGGAGGGAGCUGAAGGUUUGAGUUGCCAAACGUCAGCCUCGAAACCUUAAUGACUUGGAGAAGAUCUGCAAAGAGGAGUGGGACAAAAUCCCUCCUGAGAUGUGUGCAAACCUGGUGGCCAACUACAAGAAACGUCUGACCUCUGUGAUUGCCAACAAGGGUUUUGUCACCAAGUUCUAAGUCAUGUUUUGCAGAGGAGUCAAAUACUGAUUUCCCUCAUUAAAAAUGCAAAUAAAUUUAUAACAUGUUUUACAUGUGUUUUUCUGGGUAUUCUGUCUCUCACUGUUCAAAUAAACCUACCAUUAAAAUUAUAGACUGAUAAUUUCUUUGUCAGUGGGCAAACAUACAAAAUCAUCAGGGGAUCAAAUACUUUUUUCCCUCACUGUACUUAAGUAAAAGUACUACUUAAGUCGUUUUCUAUUUAUAUGUUUUGACUACUUUUACUUUUACUUCACUACAUUACUAAAGAAAUUAAUGUACUUUCUACUCCAUACAUUUUCUCUGACACCCAAAAGUACAUGUUACAUUUUGAAUGCUUCGCAGGACAGGAAAAUGGUCCAAUUCGCACACUUAUCAAGAGAACAUCCCUGGUCAUCCCUGCUGCCUCUUUUCUGGCGGACUCACUAAACACACAUGCUUCAAUGUAAAUUAUGUCUGAGUGUUGGAGUGUGCCCUUGGCUAUCAGUAAAUAAAAUAAAUAAAAAUCGUGCCAUCUGGUUUGCUUAAUAUUAUAAGUAUAUUUUAGCAAUUACAUUUACUUUUGAUACUUAAGUAUAUUUAAAACCAAAUAAUUUUAGACUUUUACUCAAGUAGCAUUUUACACUUUCCCUUUCAAUUGAGUCAUUUUCUAUUAAGUUAUCUUUACUUUUACUCAAGUAUGGCAAUUGGGUACUUUUCCACCACUGCCUUCAAGGUCGCUUCCAAACUUCCAAACUCACUCACACACACUUCUCCACUCCUCCAGACGCACCAUUCCCACGUAAGUAGCUACAAAAGAGUACAAGGAAAGUCUUGAUUAGAAUAGUUCUGUCUCCGACUUGCGUCUGUGGCAGGUGCAUGUGCUUUGGAAUGUUACACUUUUAGAUUUACUUGUUUUUACAUGUAGCCUAGCUUAUAGUUUGUGGGUAAUAUGCCAUCACAAAUAGGCAUACGUUUGAGUGGAGAUUAUACCCGCGUUAAUAUUUCAGAAAAUGUAAGGAAUGAAUGUUGCCGGUAAGUUUGUCUUUCAUGGCCUAUACUAUUGGUUUAUUGAUGGAUUUUCCGUUAAGUUUCUCUGAUAGGGUAACCUAUUUAUUCCUUGGUGAUAUGGAUUUAUUUUCAGCCUACCUGCAUGAUUAGUUAUUCUCACCACAUACGUGAAUAUAAAAUAUAAUGUGUCCCUUUUGCAGCCUAAUAUAUAACCUUGGUUAUUUUUAUAACGAAAAUGGCGUUGUAUUAUUUAGUUGUUUUUCUGUUGUGUUCUCUGUCCUGCCCAUUUUGGUAGGCUCCGGUCUGCACCUCUCAUUCUCAUUCUGUAUGGUGGUUGUUUACGAUCUCUGUUGUCCCAUCGUCUCUCUUCUCCCCCCUUGCUUCUUUCCCAUCUGGUGCAUCCCGGAAUGUGGAGUGCGCAGAGCGAGCCACUCAAAUGGAACAAAUUUCCAUAAGAAUUGCGCGCAAAUUAGAACUAGAAUGGCGGAGAAACUCGAAAGGCUUCAUAAUGGACAGAUAGGCUAUUAUAAUCAGCGAUGAUCUGUCUGUUCCCUACCCAAACUGAGCAGUGUAGCCUAUAUCAGCAGUGUGGGGAUGUUGAUGGAUACACACAAAACAUCAUCAGCAUCAUCUAUUAACAGUGCACUGCAGGGCCAAAUUUGUUGUUCAAAUUUUUGUAAAAGAAACUUAUAUUUCUAAGCUACCAGUGAGUGAAGCUGGAGGGCACCUGCUUUCCCUUUGUCUCCUUUCUCACACUGUUUUUGUUCUACCCUUUCCUUCCUUCCUUCUCUCUGUCUCACUCUUUCUUUCUUUCCCCUCCACCUUACCCUCUCUCUCCUCUUCUUUAUCCUCUCCCUCAUCCUCAUCCUCUCUCCUCUCUCUCGGUCUCUCUCUCUCUCCCUCUCUGCAGGACGUGUUGGUCCCGGUGUGUCAGUCCUUUACGUACCGAACAGUGGCAACCCAUCUCUUCUCCUUCCUGGCCUGCGUGUUGCUGUAGUGACCAGAUCAUGGCUGCCUUCAAGGGGAUCUGGACGCAGGAGUUCUGGCGUUCCGUCGGGGCGGAGUUCUUGGCCAUGAUGAUCUUCGUCCUCCUCAGCCUGGGUUCCACCAUCAACUGGGCAGUCAAGGAGGAGCAUCCACCCCACCCUGACCUAGUCCUCAUCUCCCUUUGCUUUGGACUCAGUAUCGCCACCCUGGUCCAGUGCUUCGGACACAUCAGCGGAGCCCAUAUUAACCCUGCGGUGACUAUUGCCAUGGUGGUGACUCGGAGACUCAGCUUGGCAAAGGCUGUGUUUUACGUGCUGGCCCAGUGUCUGGGGGCGGUAGUGGGGGCGGCUGUGCUCUACGGGGUUACUCCAGGCACCGUCAGGGGCGAGAUGGGCGUCACAUCAGUAAGGAGGAGGGGGGAGAUUGACUCUGGACUUUAACAUUGAUAAUCUGGAUGUGACUGAAAUAGUCGUCUUAAUUGUAGAAUGAAUAGAAGUUGAGUGUUUGGAGUUUUUUGUCUGAAAGCCAAUUCUGUUGACUUAUUCAAACUGACUAUAGGGUAUGUUAACUGUUUUCAUCAUCAUUGAAGAGAAAUUACACUCUUAGAAUAAAAUGUGCUAUAUCUAGAGCCUAAAUAUGUUCUUUGGCUGGCCCCAUAAGCUAACCCAGUGGGCACAGACGUCAAUUCAACAUCUAUUCCACGUUGGUUCAACGUCAUUUCUAUGAAAUUACAUGGAAACAACGUUGAUUCAACCAGUGUGUGCCCAGUGGGAAUCCUUUAAAGAACCUUUUUUGAUUCCAGGUAGAACCCUUUUGGGUUCCAUGUAGAACCCUUUCCACAGAAAGGGUUCUACUUUAUAGGAAAUAGGGUGCCAUUUGGGACUCAGACCUUGUCCUCAUGUCUACUGCAUGGGCCUUACAUCCUGUCCUGUUGGCUAACCAAGGUCAUGUGACUCUCCCCAGGUGAACAACAGUAUCUCUGUGGGCCACGCCCUGGUGAUAGAAUUCUUCAUCACCUUUGAGCUCGUCUUCACUGUGUUCGCCACCUGUGACUCCAAACGCAGCGACCUGAAGGGCUCGGCUGCCCUGGCCAUCGGCUUCUCUGUCUGCAUUGGACACCUGUUUGCUGUGAGUAGUACCUCAGAUAGCCAACAGAGUUAGCAACACUUAAUCAGUCAACGAGGAACACUAACCUUAACCCUAGCACUACCCCCUACCCCUAGCCCCUAAACCUAACUCUAGCCCUAACCCUAGCCUCAACACUAACCUGUUUUCAGCAAUAGCUAGGGUUGCAAAGGGAGGGUAUAUUACUGAUAACAUUGAAAGCGUACCAGUAAACUACCAGAACUUUGGUAACUUUCAAUGUUUUGGGGAAUUUUCUCACAUGACAUCUAGGGGCCUUUUUGGGUAGCUACUUCAGUUUAUCACAAGUGUCUGUAAUUAUCUCUGGUCUUCUGGUUUUAUUUUUUUAUUUUAUUUAACCUUUAUUUUAUUGUGGCCUUAUUACGUGUAAAAUAUAUAAAAUAAUAAAAUAAGAUGAUAAAAAAAAUGGAAAGACAAAGCUGUAAAACAUCAUAAAUAUAAACCAUCAACUUAGUGAAUACCAUUCAUGAGUGUUUUUACACACUUUUAUUUAUUUUACUAUGUCAAUUAGUCUUUGUUGUAAAUGUUUUGGCACCAAAAAAGACAGUAGUUGGAAGAGUUGCAUAGUUAAUUUAAAAUAAUGCCAUUGUUGAUUAGAUGCUUUUUUCAUUAAUCAGGCUACAUUUUACAUUACAUUUUUUUGUAAUUUAGCAGACGCUCUUUUCAUGAGAAACUUAGAGUUAGUGCAUUCAUUUUAAGAUGCCUAGGUGAGACAACCACAUCUCAGUUAUACAUUUUUCCUAAAUAAAUUAGCUAUCAGCAAAGGCAGUCUCGUAGGAAAAAGUCAAGCGUGAGUGUGAGUUCACAAAUUGAAAUGGUGUUAGUUAUUUUUAUGUAAUGUUAUGUUUUUGCAGGGUGGGGGUGCUGUGGGAUUAUUAAAGAUACUCUUUGAAGAGGUAGGUCUGACCUAUGGCCAGGGCUCUAAAUUAAAACAUUUCAUUGGUAGCACUGGAGCUCCCAAAUAAAAUAAGUUAGGAGCACCAAAUGAAAUUAAGGAGCACCAGAAAAUAACAUUUUGUAAAUUGAUUGAGAUACAGCAUGUAUUGGGCCUAUAUGAGUUCUAGCUACUUUUGAAGCACAUGUUGUGGCCUAGAAACUAAUAUGUAACACUGUAAAUACAUUAGUUUAUUAUAAAAGCUAAAAUGUUGAUACGAAUACCUUUUAUUGAAAUUACAAAGUCAUUAGUGCCUCCUGUAGCUCAGUUGGUAGAGCAUGGCGCUUGCAAUGCCAGGGUUGUGGGUUCGAUUCCCACGGGGGGGCGGUAUGAAAAAUGUAUUCACUAACUGUGAGUUGCUCUGGAUAAGAGCGUCUGCUAAAUGACUCAAAUGUUAAUGGGAUAUUAGGUUUCUACAUUGUUACCACAGCCACAAAUUCAUAAAUGGCUUUAUUGUAAAUAUUCAUGAAAACAAAAUAUUUUUGGUCUUAAUGUAAGGUUAGGGUUUGGUGUAUGGUUAGCAGUGUGGUUACGUUUAGGGUUAAGUUUAAAAUCGGAUUUUAAGAAGAGAAAUAGUAGAAAUAGGCAGGGUUUAGGCAUAAUUAUGACAUUGUGGCUGUGGUAACUAGUGACGACACCCCCCAGUGUAAAAGCACAAUUUUGCUAUUGACAUGCGUUACAUUAAAUGGCAAACUGUCUCUUUAAAAACAUCAGGUUUGUGAUGAAGACAUGCAAGCGAUCUGUCUUUCGUUCAUUGCCAUGGUCAUUGAUCUCCUUUUCCUUUCCUUCUGUGCCCCCAAAUUUUUAGAUGUACUGGUUAAAGUUACCAGCUUGUUAGGAAGCUAGCCAAUGAGGUAACAUGACUGAACAAAGUGAAAACAAAUGGUUAACAACGUCGACGCGCGAGUAGUUUUAGAACAGCCCACGACAUGGUUUUUUAAUGUAAAAUGCGGUCCCAGCAUUAGGAAGAUAGAAAUGUUGCGCCGGGAAUAUCGGUCAGAUCUUUUGACCUGGUUGGGCUAGAAGCAAGCCGUUUUCGCUGUAGUAAUGAUGCAACCUUCACACAAACGAAUCUGCUCUCGCUUGUUUCUCUAAAGCACUCGGAAACAACGGUACAGGAAAGCCUUAUCAUUACAACAAUUAUUAUCUUGGAUAUUUUUUUCAUAGUCCCACAGUGCUCCCAAAAUAAAACUUCUGGUCGCACAGCAAAAUAUUCCGUCGCACUUUAGAGCCCCGCGUAUGGCUAUUUCCUCUUGAACCAUAUGGUCUAUCCAUCGACUAGAAACUCAUGGACAAUAUGGACACAGAUAUAAAAACGGAAUACUACUGUAUAUAUGAAAACAUUUUGAAUAACACAUGUUGUUCAAGUAUAAAUUACAAAAGUUACCAUAGAUUUUCAUAGAUUACCUGUUAAUUAACAAAAUUACUGAAUGUUCCAUUGCAAUCGCCAGUGUAGGAGUUUGGAUCCAUGAUGGUUUGCCAAACUGGCCAUAUUGCUACCUGGGGCCAAAAUAACCAUGGAAACUACACUACACAAGUCCUCUGGUUGGAAUGUCCCAAUUAGUAUAUGUGUGUAAUAUCUCUAUACUGCUCUGUUUAGAUCCCCUACACUGGUGCCAGUAUGAACCCUGCUCGAUCAUUUGGACCUGCCAUGGUCACCUGGAGCUGGGAGAACCACUGGGUAAGAGAGAACAAAUGAUACACAAUGCACAUACAACCACAUACAAACAUAUACAACCACAUACAACCAUACACAACCAUACACAAGCUACACACAACAUUAUACAACCACAUGCAAUCACUCAAACACAAGCGCAUACAUUCCUCUCUCACAACUUCACUUAUAUACAUCAGAUACAUCACACACACUGCUAUGCUCUCACACUGACGCACCCAUAGACACACAUAGGGACACAUACAUGCAUACAUACGUAUGUACGUACAUACAUACGUAUGUACGUACAUACAUACAUACAUACAUACAUACAUACAUACAUACAUACAUACAUACAUACAUACAUACAUACAUACAUACAUACAUACACACACAGGUAUCUACAUUAUACUAACAGUUCUCCCUCUGUCUCAUCUCAGGUGUACUGGGUAGGCCCAGUGCUGGGCGGUGUGAUAGCUGCAACUCUGUAUGAGUACUUGUUCUGUCCCGACCCUGAGCUGAAGAGACGUUAUACUGAGGUCCUUUCCAAGACUGACUUCACCUCCACCAAAUACCGCGAGGUCCAGAGCAGCUUAAGGGCAGACCGCGUCCAACUGGUCAAAGAACACCCCUUCACCGUGAUGGAUGUGGAGAGAGCCGAACAGAAGGAGAGGGAGAGAGAGACGUCAGGGGAGGUGCUCUCCUCUGUAUGACUAGUGAGGUCCACUGGGAGAGAAGACCAGACCGCUGUACAGUCCCCUAACCUAUACCCUCCCCUCAAAGAGACUGACAUCUUUUAGAGACUGAUCUCUGACAGACUGAUGCCUUAAAUACUGACAGAGACCGACCUAAAUACUUACUCUUAUGACUGACUUGACCUCUUACAGAGACUGACCUGCUAUGCAAACUGACAGUCAAAGACUGUAGACAUAACCAUAGAUUUGCCUUCUGUAGAGAAACAGACAGACUUAACACAUACAGCAUACUUUGUAUGUAGACACUUGCAAUAUAGACACAAAUACAGACCAACCCCUAGAUAACAUACAGCCGCGGUCCUCCUUUCUCAGUGUGCGUGUUCAAAUCUCCACCCUUUCUACUGGGUGCUCCUCUCUUUCUCUUCUCAUCCUUUAUGGCCUGAAUGAUCUAUAUGAGAUGUUUCUCCAAUAGAUAACGAUUUACUAACUUAUGAGUUCAUAUAUGGCUAUAUCACACACAGACUGUUGCUUCCGUCCCUCUCCUCGC